UGUCGGGCGUACCGUCCGUGUAUGUAUAAACCAAAAUAGUAAACUUGGUUUGAACUGUUUGAACAAAUCGAUUGUAUUAAUUUUUAUUGAUAAAUAAGUGAGGAAUUAAUUGUAUAAUUUCGUCGAGAAAAUGAGUCUAACAGUUAAAACAAUGAAAACUAAAAAAAAAAUCUUGAAGAUGAAAGAUGAAAAAUUUGAAAAAAGUGACGGAGAAGCCUCGGAGACCCACAGUGACUUUGGUGAUUUACCUGAAGAUCAUUCAGAUCUAGAUUACUUACUGGAAGAUGCAAAAUUAGCUGAUUCUGGAACAGAACAGGAAGAAUCGAAGUUCAUAAGGAACCCAGGCUGGGCAAACGCCAUGCAGAAGAUAUUAAAAACAAAUAAGCCCAAGAAGAAAAAGACUCUUGUACUAUCAAGGGCUAAGAAAAUAUCUGAAGUCCAAUCGAAAAAUGAGAAAAUUCCUUUCCAAAUUGAAAGUAAAGAGGGGGAUAUCAAGGUCGAAUUCGUGGAGAAAAAAACUACAAAGGACCUCAACAGAGAUAAACUAAGGAUACUGAAAAAGACAGAAAAAAUGAAACAUUCAAUUCGAGUCAAACGUUCUCCUUUGAAUAGACCUAGAGAAAAACUUCUACAAAGAAUAGCAACAAAAGGUGUAGUUCAAUUAUUCAAUACAGUGAGGGAUCAACAACAGGAAAUAGAGAAGAAAUUGGUAGAAGCUGGUCCACUAGAAGGAAAGAGAGAAAAAGUAUUGAAGAGUAUCGAUAAACGAGCAUUUUUGGAUGUUCUUAUGGGUGGAACGAAGAGCAUCACUGUGGAUCAACGAAUUGGUUCUGAAAGAGAAGAGGAUGGCUCAGAGAAGUCGAAUAAAUUUUGGAGUGUUCUUCGAGAUGACUUUAUAAUGGGAGCAAAUCUGAAGGAUUGGGAUAAGGAAAUUCCGGAGGAGGAAGAAUCUUCAGCCCCAGAAGAAAUGGACAGUGAUUAGAAAUCGUCAAAAAAGUAGUUCGAAACUAUCGGAUAUUUUUCGAUGGAGAAAUUCUCUAUGAAUAUUUAAAUCAUGUGUGAUAUUUAUCUGAUCAUUCCUCGUACCGCGAUUUCAAUCAAGCGAAGUACAAUGGCUGAAAUCAUGAGUGAUUUCUAUCUAAAACACAAAUAGAGGUUUGGGUAGAAUUUAAUCUUCAUCCUUCAUAAAAAAAAAGCAGAAAAUACCAUCGAAAAAUAUAGAUAAUAGAAACUGCAACGAAUACGACAGAUUAUUGCAUAAAUAGAUGUGAAUAAAAAACCUGUAUAUUAGAGCAUCAAAUAAAAAAAAUUCCAAUUAUUUUCUAUCAA